CAAACUUUAUUUCAAUUAUUCAAUUAACUCUAAACUAAUACUUAAUAAAUAGAUAAAAAUUCUAUUAUCACUUUCUUUUCAUGGAAGAACUUUCAUUACACCAUUAGUACAUAAUUCAAUCAUAAAACCUUCAUUCUUCAAAACUCAUCAAUGGAUGAAGAACAUGUCAAGUCCAAAGCUUCUCUCUUAGCUCUCUUCAAAUCAUCACCUUCAUCUUCAUCAUUAUCUUAUUCUUCUUCUUCUUCAUACACCGCUGAAAAUGCUAUCCAUUCGUUCACUCCGGUUCGAACCGGGUCCAAGGCUUCACAGUCACAACACCGCCACGUGGCAGAAAAUGAAGCAAUUGAAAGAAUGGGAAUCAGAUUCUUCAACGAUAUUUUCGGUCACGGCGGAAUGAUGAAAUGGAAAGAUGUAGAAAACCGGUUCGACCAAGUGGCUUGGACCGGGAACGCCCCUGAACCGGUUAUGUCAUGGCCCGAAUUCGGGUUUUGCAUUGGGAUAGGGAUGCAAUCAUCACCAGAAUUGGCAAGAGAAUUGUUAAGAGCACUAAGAGGAUGCAAGGAUUGGAAAUCAGAUAUCACAAAAACUGAGUUGCAUAAGUUUUGGUUACGGAUGAAUGAUGAUUCUUUUAACUCAAGAAUGCGAAUGUUCUUUGACAUGUGUAAUAGAAACAUGGAUGGAAGAAUUACUGAGACAGAUAUAAAACAGACAAUAUUAUUAACCGCUUCCAUAAAUAAGCUAUCGGUGACACGUGAUGAAGCAGAUGAUUAUGCAGGUUUGAUAAUGGAAUCUGUGGACAAGAAAAACAAAGGCUACAUUGAGAUAUGUGAAAUGGAAAGUGUAUUGAAGUCAAGUUUGUUAAAGGAACAUUCUCCAGUAAUGAAAUUAAAAGAAAUGAUUAUUCAAGAGGAGAGUGAGGAAUAUGAAGAAGAACAAGAAAGAAUGUCGAAAACGGAAGUGUUGUUUAGAACAUAUUGGAGACGUUGUUGGGUUGUUAUGGUUUGGUUGAUUGGUUGUUUUGGUUUGUUUGGUUGGAAAUUUGAACAGUAUCGUAAAAGAUCAGGUUUUGAGGUGAUGGGUUAUUGUCUUCCAACUGCUAAAGGUGCUGCUGAGACAUUGAAGUUCAAUAUGGCUCUUGUUCUUCUUCCUGUUUGUCGAAAUACAAUCACUUGGUUAAGAAAGGAUCGUCGUCUUAACUAUGUUGUUCCUUUUAAUGACAACAUUAACUUUCAUAAGCUUAUUGCAGGAGGAAUAGUGGUGGGUGUGAUAUUGCACGGUGGGACACAUCUUACCUGUGAUUUUCCAAGAAUUAGUGAUUCUGACAAAUCAAUUUUCCGGCAAACAAUAGCAGCAGGAUUUGGCUAUCACCAACCUACCUACAUGGAAAUUUUGGCAACAACAGAAGUAGCUAGUGGGAUUGGAAUGGUGGUGUUAAUGGCCAUUGCGUUUUCACUCGCGACAAAGUGGCCAAGGCGUCGUUCGCCUGUGUUACCUUUGUCCCUCAGAAGGGUCACUGGUUACAACACCUUUUGGUAUUCUCACCAUCUGUUUGUUCUUGUCUAUGUAUUGCUCAUUGUUCACUCCAUGUUCUUGUUCCUAACAGACAAAUGGAUCGAGAAAACGACAUGGAUGUACAUUGUUUUUCCGGUUUUAUUGUACGCCGGAGAGAGGAUCUUUCGAGCCAUUAGAUCAGGAUCUUAUGAAGUUGAUAUUAUGAAGGCUAGUCUCUAUCCAGGAAAAGUUCUGCACCUCAAAAUGCAAAAACCAGACGGUUUUAAGUACAGAAGUGGCAUGUAUAUAUUCAUCCAGUGCCCCCAAAUUUCGCCCUUUCAAUGGCAUCCAUUUUCCUUGACAUCAGGACCACAAGAUGAGUACCUCAGUGUGCACAUUAGAACUCUCGGUGACUGGAGCUACCAAAUAUAUGCUCUAUUCCAAGAGGUAAAUAUGACAUUUUUUUCUAAGAUUUUGCAGUCUCAAAUUUGUUACUGCAAUAUUCUGCAGGCAGUGUUGUCCGGGUUACAAGGGUGUCCGAAACUGUACAUAGACGGCCCUUAUGGUUCUGCUUCUCAAGACCAUGUAAAGUAUGACAUUCUAGUACUUAUUGGUCUUGGCAUCGGAGCAACGCCUUUCAUUAGCAUCCUCAAAGAUGUUGCUAAUGGUGUCCAGACGUCACAAAGUGAUCAUAGUGGUCUCAGAGAAUGCAGCUUAACAAAGGGUUCACCUUCAAAAGCUUAUUUAUAUUGGGUUACAAGAGAACAAAACUCCUUUGAUUGGUUUAGAGAUGUAAUCAAGGAAAUUGCAAGUUCAACCAAACAACAGUCGGUUGUGGAGAUGCAUAAUUUCCUGACUAGUGUAUAUCCUGAGGGAGAUGUUCGUUCGGCUUUACUAAGUGUCAUUCAGGCAUUAAACCAUGCCAAGAAUGGCAUUGACAUAGUUUCUAGGACUCCUAUACAUACACAUUUUGCUCGACCAAAUUGGUUCAACAUAUUUUCCAGAUUGGCUCGAAAACAUGUAGGAGCUAAAAUUGGAGUUUUUUAUUGUGGACCAUCUAACCUAGCAACAGAAUUGAAGAAUUUGUGCACCAAAUUUUCCACCAAAACCACAACUAGAUUUGUUUUCCACAAGGAAAAUUACUAAACUUGCUUAUGAAAAAGAAUGACAUCUAUACUAUCAAUUUCUCAAUCAGAAAAGCACAGUUACCUUCAAAAUCUUUAGCGGUUCCUUCUGUUUUGCCAGAGAAUCUGUAAAUAUACAUAUUCGCCGUUUGGCAAUCGAUAGAUGAAAGAAUAUACAACUAUACAUCAAUAAUAGUCCUUCUCAUUGCUCA